AUGGCGGAAAGACCCUCCACGCCACCGCGGGCAACGCGCUCAGCGGGCCAACUACCACCGAAUCCUCUCACCCCAGAGCAGAUUAGAAGAAUGGAGGAAGCCCGAUUGAAAGCCAAAGCCGCCGCCCAACAAGCGCAAGCCUCCAAACCCGCCCCGCAGUCCGUCGCUGGCACCAAACGCGCCUACUCCUCCAUAAAUCCCGCGAACACGCCAUCGCAGUCCCGCAAUGCAAAUACGGCCUCUCCUCAAAAACGCGAUCAGAAUGGCUUCAUCCCGCCACCCGCCAACGACCUCAUCCAGCCGGCCAAGAACUUCGGGCGUUCCGAGUACAUCGAGUACGACUUUAGCAAGAUGACGGACACAAAGGGUGGGUUCUUAAGCACCAUAGACGAUCCGCAUAAUCGGGCCAUGUGGAAUGGGAGGAAAGAGGAAGAAAAGCCCGCUAAUAUGACGCUUGCGGAGUGGGAGCGGGAACGAGUCCGGAGGCAGUUGAGAGAGAACAGAUUAGGGCCGUAUGAACCGGGAAUCAGCAUAUUGAACCAGGUGGACGGGCGAGAUGAAGAAGAGGCUGCGCUUAUUGCAGCAGUGGAAGGACAGGAGGGAGAGGAAUACAAGGGCAAAUAUGGGGAUGGCAAACGGGACAUCAAGGGUAAAUGCCGCGAAUGCAGCUCCCUUGAGAUCGAUUGGAAGUGGCAGGACAUAUUCGGCAUCGGUGUUUGCAACGCCUGCAAAGAUAAAUACCCGGACAAAUACUCGCUUCUAACGAAGACCGAAGCACGAGAAGACUACCUCCUCACCGACCCUGAGCUCAAAGACGAAGACCUCCUCCCACAUCUCGAGCGCCCCAACCCGCACAAAACAAACUGGAACAAUAUGCAGCUUUUCCUGCGCCUGCAAGUCGAAGCGUACGCCUUCAGCGACAAGAAGUGGGGGUCCCCCGAGGCCCUCGACGUGGAAUACGAAAAGCGGCAGCAGAUAUCGAAGGCGCGCAAGGAGAAGAAGUUUAAGAAUAAACUGGACGAUUUGAAGAAGAGGACAAGGGUCGAGGCGUAUAAGAGGGCGAGGAUGAUGGGUGAUGCGGCGGGAGACGUGAGGUUUGGGGAUCGGAUAAAGGGGAUUGGGGAUAAGCAUGUGCAUGAGUGGGGGAGGAGUGUGUUGGAUCCUGAGACGGGGAUGACGAGGAAGAGGUGUGAGGAGUGUGGGAUGGAGGUUGAAGAGCUGGAGUUUUGA